AUGACGGUAACCGCAUUCCCCUCUGAGGGCUCUCCAGAUCUCGCUCUUCUCAAUGUCGCCCGCCUGUUUACCAGACUUGAGCACAAUUUCCUCUCCCCGGGGACAGACCGGCGCUCAUUCCAACAAUCAGAAUACCAGCGUAUGCGCGUGAAGAAGAACGUCGAAUACGCCCGCUCACUCCUCACCCAACUCGAGCGCUCCCUCCCACAAAUCAAACCCCUCGACCGCAAACACGAAGCCCAAGCCGAGAUCGCGCGCGACAAACAGCUCUUAAAGCGCAUACAGAUCAUUCUCGAGGAAGAAGACGCCAAAGCCGAAGCGAAUCAAGAUGAAGACGACGAGACCGAUGACGAUGACGAAUGGAAGGAGCUAUUCUCAAAGCCCGUCGUCGAGAAAUCUACCGCGCCGGUAUCCCAACCGAAAGAGCAAGCACAAACAAACCCAUCAGAUUCGCAACGAGAAGUAAAGGGAACGAGCGAAGCGCAACAAAUCACGACUCCAUCCGCAACAGCAUCUACAAAAACCCAAACACCAACACCCUCAUCAACAAGCCAACCAACACCCCCAACCCUCCGCAACCGCCACAAAAUCCCCGCACAGCCCACCGAAAAGGCAGCUGCGACUGGAACCAAUACGACCAAGCUCGCUGAAACCGAAACUGAACUGAGUACCCACAGAAUGGAACAGGAAGAUUUAACCAGCUCUCUUCUAACGCUUGCUUCGCAAUUGAAAUCCUCAUCCCAGAGUUUCCAGUCGACGCUGGAGGGCGAGAAGUCUGCUUUGGAUCGUGCGGUGUCGGGUAUCGACCGUACGAGUACAACGAUGGAGGCUGCGGGCAAGAGGAUGGGGAUGUUGCGCAAGAUGACGGAGGGGAAGGGGCUGUGGGGGCGGAUGAUGUUGUAUGCGUGGAUUUUCGGACUAUGGGUUGUUGCUAUUCUGAUUGUUUAUGUUGGGCCGAAGUUGAGGUUUUGA